AUGUUAGCAGUUGAAGAUAUCCAUAUCCACGAUGUUCUCAUUGUGGGUGGAGGUCCUUGCGGUCUCGCUGUCGCUGCACGUCUUUGUGAAAGCACCCCUUCAUCACUCUUCACAGACUCCGAACACCAACGCUAUCACUGGAUGAAAGCAUCUUCAGCGCGUCAAACCUCCAAAUCUUUCAAAACAAGUCGACGUUCCCUCACAGCCAGCGAUCGAUUAGUACAAGGUGCAUCUUGUUGCAGUGGUCUCGAUAUCGCUGUGCUAGAUGCACACGGCGGCGAGUGGAUGAGUGCUUGGAAUGAGCGAUUCAAGAAGUUAGAGAUUAAAUACUUGAGAAGUCCGAUGUUCUUUCAUCCGGAUCCCAGAGAUAGAGAUGGGUUGAGGGGCUAUGCGUGGAAGGAGGGGAGGGAUCAUGAACUAAAGGAGAUUCAUGGGGUUAUUGGCAAGGAGCUGAGUAAACAUCAGAGAAAACAGAAGAUGAAGAAAAGUGGUAAAAGCAAGCAGGAAACCACAUUUCUGGAUGAGCGAGAUCGACCAGAUUAUUUCAGACCAAGCACCGCACUCUUUAAGAGCUUCUGUGAAGAUAUUGCCACUCGUUAUGAUCUGGCCGAUAUUGUGGAAAAGUCCGAAGUUAAUUCGAUCGAUUAUAAACCCAACGAAUGUCCAGAUUGUCCAGGUGAAUUCACACUGCAAACAUCCACCGGUAUCAAACGAGCACGCAUUGUUGUCUUUGCAGCAGGUGCUGCUCUAAACCCAGCUUUGCCAUCCGAUUGUCCAUUUUCAGAUGAAGGAAGCAUAACACACGCCCUCAUUCCCUCUUAUCUCAGCUCGAACGAUAAACUUCUUCCCCCACAUAUGGUGCAAAAGAUCUCGCGCAAGCAACGAACGAACCUUCUCGUUGUAGGUGGUGGUCUUACUAGUGCCCAAAUUGCAGAUGCAGCUCUCAAACGCGGUGUCACAAAAGUAUACCAGAUAAUGCGUGGACCUCUCAAAGUAAAGGAUUUUGACAUGGAACUUGGAUGGGUCGCCAAAUUCAAGAAUCACUUUCUUGCUCGUUACUGGAGUGCAGACUCGGACGAGGAGAGAUUGGAAAUGUAUAAAGAAGCGAGAAAUGGUGGAAGUGUCAACUCGGAAUAUCAUCAUAUUCUAAAGACGCAUAUCUCAAAAGGUGGAGUGUCACUUCAUGAGUAUAUAAACAUUACUUCCGCCUCAUGGAAUACGGGUUCACAAUCGUGGGAAGUAGAGACUUCUCCUGAGUUGUUGAAUCUACCCGCAUUUGAUCAUGUUAUAUAUGCAACCGGGUUUGAUAUCAACUUUGAGAAAAUUGAAGCAGUCCAACCGCUGAUUAAGAAAUAUGGCAUUGAAACCGUUGGAGGAUUCCCACGUUUGACACAUGAUCUUAGUUGGAGCGACGAGGUACCAUUCUUUGUAACCGGAAGAUUGGCAAGCUUGAGAAUGGGUCCAGCUUCACCAAAUCUUGAAGGAGCAAGAAUGGGCGCCGAGAGAAUUGCUUGGAAAGUAGGAGAGCUCCUAGGACGUGGAGAACCGGACACCAAGGGCGAAAGACGUGACAGUGGAUAUAGUAGCAUUGAUGGUAGAACCGAAGGCGUCGAUUUUAGAAGAUUGGGCUUGGGUAUCGAAAACCAAUUUGAUGUUCUAGAUCUGGGAGGAAGUACUUCUGAUAGUGACGAUUGA